AUGCCUCAUAACGUUCUUGUCACUGGAGCCGCUGGCUACAUUGGUGGUUCUGUCAUCGCUGAUAUUCUUUCUCGUACCGAUGAGACGCUGAGGGCCGUGAAUAUUUUUGCGGCUGCUCGAAGCCAAGAUCAGGUCGAUAAGAUAUCCAAGCUCGACAGAGUCCAUGCCUUCCUAGUUGACCUUCAAGACAAGGCUGCUGUGGAAUAUGCAAUUGCCAAAUAUGAGAUCGACAUCGUCAUCCAUACCGCUGGGGCCAUUUUUCCAGAUAUGCUAUCGAACAUCCUUAGUGGUCUUGGAGAUCGCCGGCGAGCUACCGGCAACAAGACAUACCUGAUUCAUGCAAGCGGAUGGCCUUUCGGUAAGGUCAAAGACUCCGAUCCCCUGAUUGAUAGGCAGAGGGAGCUUGGCAUUGACAAUCCUGUCCGGAAGACAAACAUUGUUCUUGCCGAUGAAAGCAAGGCUCAAGGUGUCGAAACCUUCAACAUCCCGAUCCAACUCACUUAUGGGCGUGGAACUGGCGAGUGCAGAAAGCUCUCGGUCAACAUCCCCGCCUUGAUUCGAACAAGCAUCAAGUUGAAGACAGUCCAUAAGUUCGACAAAGACUCGACUCCUGGAACAGUGCACAUCUCCGAUCUUACAGAUCUCUACGUUCUCAUCCUCAACAAGAUCCUGAAAGAGGAGCCCAUCGCUGUAGGAAACGACAGAUAUUUCUUCUCAGUUGCCCAUCGCACAAGCUGGUGGAAGAUUAUGGACAAGAUUGCCGAAGGGCUCUACGCUCGUGGUCUUGUCGAUGAUCCGACACCAAAGAUCUGGCCAAACUACGACGUUGCAGCUGAUAAUCUCGGGUUUCCACGAAAGUUCAUUCGUCCCAUGUGUAUGCCCAAUCUCAGUGGUGAUCUUGACCCGGCGAACGGAAUCGAGUUAGGUUGGAGGCCGAAGUGGGACAGCGAGCAGAAAUGUCUUGAUCACAUUGACCAAGAGAUCAAGGAUGUUGAGGAGCUGGAUACUGUCAGAAUGGGACUUUUCGACACUCUUAUUGCCGAACAGACAUAG